AAUUUUAAUAGAAUUUUUUCUUCGGGCCAUCCCUCUCAUCUAGGUCGAAGGGUCUCGGUGAUUCACGUCCACGAGAGGCAUCUGAUAAGAUCGAUUAUCCAUAUUGCGCCAACUCAAAUUACUCGCACAUCGAUACACAUAUCUCAAAUUGGUGCCCCCUUCUACCGUUAUAGCCAGGAGAACCAGUAAUUUUUUUGAGUUUGAAGACGUGUAGAUGUGAGCAGUGAGCAGCAUGGCGACUGUUGUGGCUGCUGCGAUUCUUCUGAGCCCUAUCUUUUGCCAGAAAUCUAUCCAUUUCUCGAGUUCGAACAGCCAAUUUUUCGGCGGAGUUUCGAAGAAAAUCAAUUUUGAUGAGAAAUCCGUCAGCAAGAGGAGGGAUUUGGGGGGUUUCGUUGUGGCUUCUGCGAACGCUGGCACUGGUGGAGCAGGGAGGUUUUAUAUAAACUUUACCGGUUUUCCUUUCCCGCUUGGGCCUUUUCUCAAUAGGCGAACUAUAAGGACUGAGGCUUUGAAAGACUGCAUAUGGCUAUUCGAGCAAGAGCAAGCGUUAGGAUUCAGCAGCGUGUCCACUAACAUCAGAAUGACAGUCAUCAGGCUAAAAUCUGGGGGUUUGUGGAUCCAUGCACCUAUUGCUCCGACCAAAGAAUGCAUUCAGCUUGUGGAAGAGUUAAACGCACCAGUUGAAUACAUUGUACUUCCCACUUUUGCUUAUGAGCAUAAGAUAUUUGUUGGGCCUUUCUCAAGGAAGUUCCCAAAGGCACAAGUUUGGGUGGCUCCUAGGCAAUGGAGUUGGCCGCUUAACUUGCCACUUGAAUUCUUUGGCAUUUUCCGUGCAAAAGCUUUAAGAGAUGAGGAUGAUUCUACCCCGUGGGCUAAUGAGAUUGAGCAAAAGGUCCUAAGCUUAGCAGAAGUUGGUAUUGGACCAUAUGUAGAGGUUGCUUUUUAUCAUAGACGCUCAAGAACUUUACUUGUUACUGAUGCUGUAAUUUUUGUUCCACGUCGGCCACCUGAUUGUAUCAGCAAAGAAUCCUUAUUAAAAUCUGCUAAGAAUGGUUUGGCAGUCAAAAUCCUUAGCAAAGGAAAAAAGGUUCCUGAUGAACCUGUAGUUGAUAACAACUCAAACCGCCAAAAAGGUUGGGAAAGAAUGGUCCUUCAAAUCUUGUUUCUAGGCCCUUCAAAUCUUCUGGAGCCCUCCGCGACCUUCUCUCAAAUGUCAAGGAAAUUAAUUGUCUCUCCAAUUGUCAAGACAUUAGUUUUCAGCAAAGUUCCAGAUAAGGUUCAUAUAGUCUCAAGCUUUGGAUGUGUGAUUUUUUUUUUCUUUUAAUUUUUAUAGAUUGUGAUUACUACUUACAUUCUAUUGCUUUCUCUCAUACAAGCGCACACACACUCAUAAAAAUGUGGUCGGGAGAGAAGGGCUGUGAGGAGCAGUGAAGAUAAGGGAAGUUGUGGAGUAGAUGUAUAUGGAGUGGAAGGAAUGGGAAUGGUAGGGCAUAGUUGAGUGGAGUGGAAGGGAUUGGAAGGACUGGAAGACUAUAAUACACAUGAAUGAAGACCAAAAUUUUCUUUUUAUGUUAAUUCCUCUAGAUGAAAUUCACCAUAUUGCACUAAGUUACUUAUAUAUGCUUGUAAUUUGGGAAUUGGGUGAACACCAAUACAAAUAUGUAGGGUCAAUAGUUAAGCAUUUAGUUCUUACCAUAGCAAAAAAUUAAAUCUUUAACCAAACAAAUGUUCUACGAACCAAGCUAGAUAGUCUCCUAUAACUGGAUUCACUAACCAGCCUAAGGUUUGAUUCUUAUUAUUCUCACCGUAAAUCAAAAUCAUAAGUCUUGUGUCUAGCUAUUAGCUCUGACAUGAUAUAAGGGGCUGUUGGUGGGGAUUUAAAUCAUCCAUUCUCUUUCAGGACAUUAA